GUUGGACUACGCUAUUACACAGGAGUAGUUAAUAAUAAUGAAAUGGUGGCAUUACAACGAGAGCCUAAUAACUCCUAUGAUAAAAAUGCAAUUAAAGUAAACAAUGUGAAUGGAAAUCAAGUUGGCUAUUUAAAGAAAGAUCAUGCAGCUGCUUUGGCCUAUAUCAUGGACAAUAAGUUGGCACAAAUUGAAGGGGUAGUUCCUUUUGGUGCAAACAAUGCUUUUACCAUGCCUCUGCAUAUGACCUUUUGGGGAAAAGAAGAAAAUAGAAAAGCGGUUUUAGAUCACUUGAAGAAACAUGGACUUAAAUUGGGUUCUGCACCAAAAAGUAAGUUUAGGCUUAAAACAGAAUUUGACAAAUUGUUUGAAGAUUUAAAAGAAGAUGAUAAAACUCAUGAAAUGGAACCAGCUGAGGCUAUUGAAACGCCAUUGCUUCCACAUCAAAAACAAGCUCUAGCUUGGAUGGUUUCACGGGAAAACAGUAAAGAACUUCCACCAUUCUGGGAACAGCGAAAUGACUUAUAUUAUAAUACAAUAACAAAUUUUUCUGAGAAAGACCGACCAGAAAAUGUCCAUGGAGGGAUUUUAGCUGAUGAUAUGGGUUUGGGUAAAACUCUUACGGCCAUUGCAGUAAUUCUUACCAACUUCCAUGAUGGCAAACCUCUUCCUAUUGAAAGACUUAAAAAGAAUCUACUGAAGAAGGAAUGUAAUUUUAAUGACAAAUCUGUGAAACUUGGAGGAAGCAAUGCCAGUGAAAAGGCAGAUGGACUAAGCAAAGAAGGAUCUAGUGAAGAACCCAGUGUUUCAGAUGUUAAGAAGAAGAAGAAGUAUCCCAUGUCAGAACUGUCUAGCUCCCGCCCCAAAAGAAGAAAAACUGCUGUCCAGUGCAUUGAAAGUAGUGAUUCAGAGGAAAUUGAAACAAAGGAAUUGCCACAGAAAAUGAAAGGCAAACUGAAAAAUGUACAAUCAGAGACUAAAAGCAGCGUAAAAGCAGGAUCUUCUAAAGUUAAAGAAGAUGUGGUGUUUGCAUGUGCACUUACAUCAUCUAGAGCAUCUGCAGCAGAAGGUUCAAAGAAGACUGAUGCUGAACAAAGACCAAGAACAACACUGAUCAUCUGUCCACUUUCUGUAUUAAGCAACUGGAUUACUAAAGGUAAUAGUCCAUUACAUAGCAUAAGGUGGCUAAGAGUGAUCCUGGAUGAAGGACAUGCCAUACGAAACCCAAAUGCUCAGCAGACAAAAGCUGUACUUGAUUUAGAAGCAGAAAGAAGAUGGGUAUUGACAGGUAAUCAUUUGAUAAAAUCCCAAAUAAGAGAUUUUUUUUAAAAAACCUUUACUAAGGCUAUAAAACACUACAAAUUAAAACAUUAUUUUUUGUUCUUAUUGGACCAACUUAUAAUAGAAAUAAGUUAUAUAACUCUUUGUUUUAUCCUGACUAGGCGUUUACAGUGCCUAAUUAAAAAUAUUACACUUAGAAGAACAAAGACAAGCAAAAUUAAAGGAAAACCUGUUUUGGAGUUACCAGAACGUAAAGUAUUUAUUCAGCACAUUACACUUUCAGAUGAAGAGAGAAAGAUUUAUCAAUCCGUGAAAAAUGAAGGCAGAGCUACUAUUGGAAGAUAUUUUAACGAAGGGACUGUCCUUGCACACUAUGCAGAUGUCCUGGGUCUUUUGCUUAGAUUGCGGCAGAUUUGUUGUCAUACUCGUCUCCUUACAAAUGCAGUGCCUUCUAGUGGUCCCUUAGGUUCAAGAAAUUGUUAUUCACGGUUUUUUUACCUGCCUACAAAGCCACAUGCUAAAUGCCCUUUAUGCAGAAAUGAAAUACAUAGAGACAAUUUAUUAGAAUGUACUCCAGAAGAAUUGGCAUGUGAUGGUGAGAAAAAGUCUAAUAUGGAAUGGACCUCCAGUUCGAAGAUUAAUGCUCUAAUGCAUGCAUUGAUUGACUUAAGAAAAAAGAAUCCCAACACAAAAAGUUUAGUUGUUUCUCAGUUUACGACAUUCCUGUCUUUAAUAGAAACACCACUUAAAGCCUCUGGAUUUGUGUUUACUCGUUUAGAUGGUUCCAUGGCCCAAAAGGAAAGAGUUGAAUCAAUUCAGUGUUUUCAAAACACUGAAGCAGGAUCUCCAACUGUAAUGCUUCUGUCCUUAAAAGCAGGUGGAGUUGGUUUGAAUCUUUCUGCAGCUUCUCGAGUGUUUUUAAUGGAUCCAGCCUGGAAUCCUGCUGCUGAAGAUCAGUGCUUUGACAGAUGCCAUAGACUUGGCCAGAAGCAAGAAGUUAUCAUCACAAAAUUCAUUGUGAAGGACUCUGUUGAAGAAAAUAUGAUGAAAAUACAAAACAGAAAGAGAGAACUUGCAGCAGGAGCCUUUGGAACUAAAAAAACAAAUGCUGAUGAGAUGAAACAAGCUAAAAUUAAUGAAAUCAGAACUUUAAUUGAUUUAUAGUUUGUGGGACUUUAGUAAGAAGACUACUGUAUGUGAGAGGCAUCAUAAUCUGGAUGGAAGUUGGGCUGGAUGACAUCCAAAGUCGUUUCCACUUCUAAAGACAUCUUAAUCUUGAAUGUAAAAACUUCUUUGUUAAAUGUGUGUUUAGAUUCAGAAUUUGGUUUUGGAACUUCAGUAACUCAUCCUUACAUCUCUCUGUAGGAUAAGUCAUCUUUUUCUUUUUUGUUAAUAAGCAGACUCACAGUAGUUGCCAUAGAAUUCUGGAUGACUUUUUGAGUCAUACUGAAAAUGAAUAAGCUAGAAAUUUAGCAGUCAGGUUAGGUAGUCAGUGGUUUUAUUUCAUUAAGGAAAACUUUUUUUUUUUUAAUCCAAAGAAAGAUUAGUUAUUGUAACAAGAGAAGCUUCAUGUUUGAUGAUACAGAUUUAGGAAUACCUUAGAUAAAUUUUGAUUGAAAGAUGAGAUUGGAGGCAUCGCUGUUACAGGGCACACACCUAAGGUAUAUGCCAAAUCUCUCACCAGCUAAGUCCUCCCCUCCCUGUGAUUUAUCUCUUGCUCAAAGAGAACAGUGGAUUAGUCAGAAUCUUUCCAGUCCCUUUUCUCAGCAGUGGCAGAGGGCUGAUACUCAUCAAGACCAAGACCUUUCUGCAGGGAUGAGAGUGGAAUAACUUGGGGGUGGUCUGCUAGCAUUAGGAGCAGUAGGAAAGUUCUUUACUUGUAGUCCAGCUUACACAUACAGAAAAAAUCAAGUUGCUCAGAAUAUGGGUUCUUCAUAUACCUGUACUCUAGUGAGAUUAAGUUAUAAACAAUUUUGGCAAAAAAACAACACAAUCAACUCUUCCUGCUUAUGAAGGCAAAGCCUUACAAACUUACUGUUAAGGUGAAGGAAGACAGUUUGCUUCUUUACCCAGACAUUUACAGAGUUGUGUUUUUAAACACAUUCAUAAGUUUGGCAAGUCAUUUAAAAAAUAGCUUUG